AUGUCUACCCUGGUCACCCACCCGCUAUCCCCUCCCGACACCGACAAGACACCUCACACCCACUCUCCUCGAACCCUGGAAUGGAUCCGAAGGUCAGAAUCAUUUACUGACGUAGACAUUCCGCCUUCAACUUCUUAUCCUUCGCCAGGACCGCUCCAUGGCGUGCGGCGGAUAGCUUCCGACUCAAAUCCGUGGGCGAACAGAUUCAGUGUCACGAUGGGGGAUGCUCAAGAGACAGAGAACAAACGACACAGUCUAACUAGCGGAACGGCGUCCGACAUUUCAGGCUUCUCCGACCGUGAGAAUGGGCAACAUGCUUUGUUCGAAAGGGGUGACUCGAUGCGGAACGCCCUGAGGGGACCACGUACAGAGCGCAGCACCAGCCGAGGCCGGAAACUUGUGGACAAGAGCAUUGAGGCGACGGUCAAGAAACCAGAAGCCGGAGGGAAUGCACGGAGCAGAAAGGCCAGCCAUAUGAUGGGUAUUUUUGACCCGAGGACUGGCUCCGAGUCUCCUGCACCAACUCUGGGUGAACACUUCGAGCCAUCCUCGCGCCCUACGAGCCCUGCCGAGCAAGACACGGUAUCUCCGUGGGCAACACGUCGAUCUUCGAGAGAGCAGCUUGAUCCUCAGGCCUCUACACGAGAUGCCAGUCGUUCAACAAGUGUGUAUGGUUCUCAAGCUGUCUCGCCGCUUAAGCAUGACCAUGACCCAUACUUCCGACAUCAAGAUCUCGCUCAACGUCCGGACCUGCAUGAGAGCAAAGUGUCACACAAGGCAUCUCGUGCCCCGACUCCCGCUGAAAAGGUCGCGACCGUGGACCAGGCAGAGGAUCAGCACCCCACUGAAGAAGAGCACAUCUCGGCCGCCGUCUACUAUCCUCAUUCCGGUCCAUCGAUAGAAGAGAUCGAGCAAUACACUUCGCCAGGUGACACUGUCUCCCCGGCUCUCAAUGUCACGCGACAGCUGCCAUCUGCGACGGAUGAAAUUGUGCUCUCCACUGACAACAAAGCCCACGAAGCACUUGGAGCUACCGAGCAUAUUGACAUAUCUGUUGUCUCCCAACAUGAGAAAAAGAUCUUCCACGGAAACUAUCGUCCGCUGGAUGAGGCCUCCGGAGACGAGCCACCUUUAUCCCCGUUUUCAGAGGCUCCCACCACCGCCAUUGUCAGUACAUCCGAAUCGGAAAUCGAAUCCGGAGAUGAAGCAGGUCAGCAGAGUCAACCAGAGGACGUGUCAACAACACCCACGCAGCGGAGCACACUUUCCCGUAGACCCACCGAUUCUCAAGCACCACCGAAGACGAAGGCCAAAGUUGUCCUUGAACCCUAUAAGCACCAAGUCGGUGGACAUUCUACCAUCUUCCGCUUUUCUCGUCGGGCCGUUUGUAAGCAGCUGAAUAACAGGGAGAACGAAUUCUACGAACGAAUUGAGCAAAGACACCCUGAUAUGCUCAAAUUCCUCCCAAGUAGAUAUAUCGGUGUCCUGAAUGUCACUUUUUCCAAACUCCCGAAGCAAGCGCAAGACCCAGAUUCCAAAACGGACGACAAGACUAAUCUCAACCAAGAUCAGCUGCAAUGUUCUCAGACGAAUGGCGUGUCGGAUGCUGGGCUUGCACCCGUUGUAUCGACCUCGGGGGAGCAUCCACGGAUAGUUAGCCACUCGAUGCAGCAGAUUGGCAGCAUUCCCGAGGUCAUUCUCGAACAGAACAAACAUAUCAUUCCCUCCAACUAUUUUGCCCUGCCGGAACGGCCCAAAAGUGCUGACCCGAAUCAUGGCCGUAAGCGCAGCCGGGACUUCGACGCCGCGGAGUCUUCGACGCAUGACUCGCAACUGUCCGAAAGCUCGCCCACCAGGCCGUCAAUGCCGGAACACUCCAACAGCUGGGGCCAUACCACCGUCAAUGAAGGCUUGAAGGACAAGAUUCUCCGCGAAGUCUUCGGCCCACCACCCGUCCAGUACUUUCGCCGCCAUCCACCUCCACAUAGUUCCUUUCCACGCAUCAAAGGCUCUCACCCGCGCCGACGCAGAAGUAAUCUCUCCGUUCAUUCAUUCCCUCAUACGGAGGGGAAAGAUCUAAGCCAAUCAGACGGUCAACUGGAUACUUCAAUGUCGAGCAACGAAGCUCCUCGCAUGGCUCCACUUAGUGAAGCGGUGUCAAAGACUGCUGAUACAGGCAGCAUGUAUUCUGUAUCCGUCUCGGCCACGGAUGACUUAAAGUACAACCUCGAGCAAGUCAGAACGACAGGCAGCGAGAUGUCCAGCCAGUCUGGCGCAGAAGGCAGGAGUCAUUUUAAGAGACGUCAUUCCGGCAUGGGUCUGCGACGGAGGCGGCCGUCGGUGAACACAAAGGAAACGCCUGACCUUGAGUACUUUGAGGACGAAGCCUACACUACCGAUUUCGGACCUGACACAGGCAAGGAUGUCUUUGCGAUGGACCAGGAUGAGAAGCAGUCAAAGACCAAUGGGAUGUGCAGAGAACAAGAUUCGGCCACCAGCAGCUCGGCGCAAGACAGAUCCGGGCCAAAUGGAGCAGGAAACCGGCAGAACAACUCGGACAACCGCGCCAGAGAGCGUUCUCAGACAAGGCUUAUACCCUCUAACCCGAAGGAGGCUCAACAGACGUACACUGCUUCUGGAGACCGAGUGAUGUUCUUCAUCCUGCUGGAGGAUCUCACCAGCGGGAUGGGACGACCUUGUGUACUCGAUCUCAAGAUGGGCACGAGACAAUUUGGUGUGGAAGCCACGAGAAAGAAGAUGGAAUCUCAACGCAGCAAGUGCAAGUCAACGACUUCACAGCAACUGGGCGUCCGGGUCUGUGGCAUGCAGACUUUCAAUGCGAGAACAGGAAAGGUCUCGUAUGAGGACAAAUACUAUGGCCGUGACCUCAAAGCUGGACAGCAAUUCAGGGAGGCCUUGACAAGGUUUCUUUAUGAUGGAGUCAGCUACGAUAGUGUGGCAAGGCAUAUUCCCACCAUCUUGCACAAACUCAACAAGCUGGAGAGCAUGGUGCGCAGGCUGCCUGGGUAUCGGUUCUACGCAAGCUCCUUACUCAUGCUGUAUGAUGCCGAGCCGUACAAGUCGCGUGAGGCCGAAGAGGCCGCGAAGAACGGCAUCGACAUCGCCAAACAAAAGGCAAAGGAAGGCAAAAAGUGGCCUCCACCGAUCGACAUCAAGCUGGUGGACUUUGCAAACUGCGUCACCGGCGAAGACGAACUUCCUCCCCAUGCUCAAGCACCGCCUGCUCACCCGAAAGACAUUGACCGAGGCUAUCUGCGGGGCUUGAGAACUCUUAAGGCGUAUUUUGGACGGAUAUUAUCCGACAUCAGAAACAACCAGGUGCUGGAGACCCACGAGAGGGGUGAGCAUCCUACAGAAGAUGAAGCUUCCACGCAGCUCCCAAGUGGUAGCAACGGUACAACAGAGGAGGAAGGUGAAGUCAGUGUUUGA